UGUAUUAUCGGCCAGCAUUUAUCGAAUAAUUUCAUUGUUUUACCAAAAAAUAUAUCUCUACCAAUUAUGAUGGAAUAUUUUAUUGAUCAAGAAAAAUACUUUUAUUUAAUUUUGUUGCACACCUACGCAAUUAUAUGCGUUGGAGGAACUGCGAUGUUAGCAAUAGGAGCAGUGAUUCUUACAUGUGUUCAGUAUGUCUGUGGAAUGUUUAGAAUUGCAAGUUAUCGUAUCGAGCAUGCAAUAAAUAUAAAUAGCCGACAAAAUAUUACGCUGAAGAAUGAGAUUUUGAUGAGCGAAGGCAUAAUAUAUGCUGUCGAGAUUCACCGACAAGCUAUGAAAUUGUCCAAUCUUUUGGUAUCUAUAUUCGAGAUAAUGGCGUUUUGUUUAAUAGUAUUUGGAGUGGCUUGCUUAAGUCUAAAUCUGUUUCAAAGUGCUUCAUCUGAAAAAACUGUCAGUGAAUUUUGUUUGCCAUUGUUAUAUGUAGUCACCAUGAUUUUAUGUCUGUUUAUAGGCAACUAUGGCGCACAGAAUAUAACAGAUCACAGUAAUUACGUAUUUUCUACUGCGUACAACGUUCAGUGGUAUAGAGCUCCGUUAAAUAUACAAAGAAUGAUAUUGUUUCUAUUACAAAGAAAAGCUAAGGAGUUUACUUUGAAUAUCGGUGGAUUAUUUACUGGUUCUAUGGAGUGUUUCGCCACGGUAAUAUAA